GCCAUGUUGUUUACAUACUUAAUUUGUUUGUUUGUUUUUUCAUGCGUAUUAACUUGAAAUAUUUUAACAGGCUUAUAUAGUUCCGAGAAUAUAUCAUCUUACUUCAACGAGAAAUGUUCGGUGCAUCAUAAGGGAGUGUUUUGCGUAAUUUAGUCAACAAUGCCUCCAAAACAGAGGAAAAUAGCGAUUAUGGGCUACCGCUCCGUAGGAAAGUCAUCAUUAACUAUACAAUAUGUGGAAGCACGAUUUGUUGAUUCUUAUGAACCAACCAUUGAAAACACUUUCACAAAGAAUACUAAAGUUGGUGGCCAAGAGUAUUUUCUCAAGCUUGUUGAUACUGCUGGGCAGGAUGAGUUUUCAAUUUUCCCACAGUCGUACUCAAUGGAUAUUCAUGGCUAUGUACUAGUUUAUUCUAUAACUUCCACAAGAAGUUUUGAAAUUGUUGAAAAAAUCUAUCAUCGCCUACUGGAUAUGACUGGAAAAGUUCACGUCCCAAUUGUAUUAGUUGGCAAUAAAGUUGAUUUACACAUGGAAAGAACAGUGUCAUAUGAAGAAGGGAAAAGGUGUGCAACUAGUAUGAGAGCUGAAUUUUUGGAAGCAUCUGCGAAACAAAAUGAGAGUGUUACUGAUAUCUUCAAAACAAUCAUCAUGGAAAUUGAAAAGGCCAAUGGUAAUGUCCAAGAAAAGAGUAAUUGUUUGGUUUCAUGAUAAAAGUUUACUUUAAAACUUGCAAAAAUGCCAUGAAAGAAAGACAAGCUUGUUUAAUACUUGGCGGGUGAAUCGAGACUUAUCUGUUAGAAUUUGAAUUGUUUUUGUAUCCUUUUAUGCUAUUAAUAUUUUGUUGAUGUCAUUUUAAGAUUUUACUUUUUGUUGAAAAUACAAUCAAUUGUUGUUGACCUUUGUUUGAUCAUAGCUUAAAAAUAAAAGACAAUGAUGUUAUAAAAACUAUGCAUGUACAUAACUUUUUAAUUAUAAUAAUGUUUAGUUUAUGUGUACAUAAAACGAAUUGGUGCAAAGUACAUAGUGAAUUAUAUGUAUCUUAGUAAAAUGUUUCUUAUUGUGGUUUUAUCAAGGCAUGGUAAAAAUAUCCCAAAACUUUAUUACUCUACAAAACUUCAGCUUUUAGUUUAGCAGUAAAAGUUUUCUUUUAUACUUGUGGAACAAAUUGUGUAACUAUUGUAAUACAGCUGUAAAUUUCCUUUUUGUAGUUUGAA